AUGUUCUUGCUGUAUAUUGACUACAUCUGGGUCAUUUGUCUAGUAGAGACUACCAUGGAAGCCUAUGAAGAUACUAUAUAUAAUAGGGUAUCACUUGUGAAGUCCAUCUUAUGUGGGCUUGUCUGGUUAGUACAAGGCUAUAUCUAUGCUCGUCGUGUGUCUGCUAUACUUUCACCUGACUUCCAGUCAUCUGGAUAUUGUGGUCCAUAUGGCUUAUUCAAUACACUCAGUAUCUUAUCUGAGUUUUGUGCAUCAGUUGUAGUAGUAAUAGGGACUGUCCAAAGUCCGAUUACACGCAAUACUAGGAAACACACUCCUUCAUGGGCAACCAACUCUGGUUACCAUUGGGCCUCUAAGAUUUUGUCAGCCACGGUUAGGACUUACUCUCUAUCCUACAUACUAGGCUCCAUCAAGAUUUGGCCCUCCAUGCUUCCUGGGGUUAUGGGGCAACUCUCAUUUCCACAUUGGCAACUGAUUCCAUCCAGUACUAUGGCUGACUUUACUUCAAAUCCUGCCGCAACCCUACUAUCUUCCAUUCUCUCCCCAUGGAUCCUAGUGGCCCCAUCAAUCUUGGCCACUCACAUGAUCCUACACUUGCAUAAGGUUGCUCAUAGAGUGGCACCUUCCACAGCCAACACUUGUCAUUCAAGGGCAAUUGAGAUGGUGCCAUUACAGAAUGAUAGAGGUAACCAAUAUGGACUACAUCUUCACAUGAAGACAGAACCAGCAAGUGGGAAUGAGGUAGUUGUGUAG